UUGUGUUUUUGUCAAAUAUGAAAUAACAUUCAUUCAAUGAGCAAUCAAAUCACUUCAUUCACAAAAAGUCAAGUCAAAUCCAAAAAGUUGAAUUGUCAUAAUCACUAUUAUUAUUUUGGAAGGACUUCUAAAUUUAUUCAAUUCGAAAUAUUGAACUGUUAAGAUGAGUGAGGGCGAAGGAACUUUGGUGGACAAGUCGGAGAGUAGUUCGUUCGAGGAUCUUGCAGCUGCGGCAGCUCAGGAGAUCGAGGAGGCUAAGCUGGCCGAGGCAGCCGCUGCCAAAGAUAAGUCGGAUACGGACGAAACAAAAACUGAUGAGUGGCAAGAUGUCCUAGGGUCAGGCGCGCUACUUAAAAAGAUAAUAAAAGUUGGUGAAGAAUCAAAUGGUUUGCGAGCCCACAGAAGUGAUAUAUGCAGAAUUAGUUAUGAGGUCAAAAUUAAAGAUACUGAUCAUGUGGUUGAAAAAAGAGAUCAUGUUAAAAUUUACUUGGGAGACAAUGAAAUUCUACAAGGACUGGACUUAGCAGUAACAAUGAUGUACAAAGGCGAGGUAUGCCUUCUUCAAAUGGCACCACGGUUUGGUUAUGGUGAAGUUGGACUGAAGCCGGGCGAGAGCCUCGGUUUGAUUGGAGAGACUGACGGACCAAAGUAUGAAGGUCCAGUGAUCGACGGGGAUACUUGGCUGGAAGCCCGAGUGGAACUCCAUGAUUGGGCUGAGGAACCUGAACAUGACACCUUGCCCAUUGCUGAAAGGAUGGAAACUGGUAUCAGACGUCGUGCGCGCGGCAACUGGUGGUACGGUCGCGGUGAGCCAACCCUAGCAGUGCAGCUGUACCGGCGUGCGUUGGACGUGCUUGAUGAGUCUGACGGUGGCAUCACCGCCCCCACACCUAGCGGGGACCUGGCACCAACUUCUGCUGAACUUCAGGCCUUGCUAGAGGAGCGACUCCGUGUGCAUAACAAUAUGGCCGCCGCCCAGUUAAAGGCUGGAGCCUUCGAAGCUGCUUUACAGGCAGUAACCCGAGUUCUAACCUGUCAACCGAAGAACGCCAAGGCAUUAUAUCGCAAAUCUCGCAUUUUAUCCUCGAUGGGGCGCAAUUCCGAGGCUUUGGAAGCAGCGCGGGCCGCUGCAGCCGCGGCCCCUGAGGACGCGGGGGCCCGGAAGGAACUCCUACGAUGUGAACAGAGGGCCACACGGGAACGGUCCGUGGAACGAAAGCUCGCUAAACGGAUGCUUGGUACCAAUCAACCAAAGGGCGCUACGCCUGAUAAGAAACCUAGUAGAGCCAAGAUGUUUGUAUGGGGUUCUAUUCUGUUGAGCUUCCUGAUGGGCGUGGCGAGUGUGCUCGUCUACCGAUACAAGAUACAAGCGCAUUGACGCCUCGAACAUAACUAUAGACCACAAGUAAUGCAGAAUCCAAUGGUGUAAUUGGAGGGGGGGUUGGUGCACAUAUACUUAAGGCCACGUCAUAUCUUCGCUGAUACAGCAACCAUAAAGCCUUCGAGCUAUCAUCUCUACCCUGCGAACUGAUAACGAGAGAAUAUGUAUAGUUAUUGUUACAUAACUCCUGUAAAUAUUUAAAUAACAAGUCUCUAAUGUUGGCCACGUGUAAUCACAUUAUUUUUUUAUAUUUAUACAAAGUUGCGAAUUAUUUUUCGUCGAAACUUAUGACAGGUUCCACGCUUCCAAUUAUGUGGUCAUCAGACAGUAUUUAGUAGAACAAAUUGAACGUUUAUACUGUAAUACCUAGUUGAAUUUGUUGAUCUUAUUUCCUAAGGUAUUGUGUAGACAAUAUUUUCGUGUUUUUAUUUUAUUUUAAAUUACUUAAUGACUAUGGGUUUACAAUAAUUUGUAAUAGACAAUACUGGAAGUACCUACUGUAAUGUAUAUGGGGAUAGGUGUAGUUUUAGGUACCUAAUUGAAUAUAUUUUAAUCAUUGGCUGUCUACAGUUCGCCGCUAUGUGCAUUUAUGACUAAAUUCCUAUGUAUAUUAUAUACAUAUGUGUGUAAAUUCUGUGUUUAUAGUUAGUGCCAAAAUGUAUAAUAUGUAGUUAUGAUAUCAUAGUGUUCCAAGUCACAUUCAGCAAGAUAUAUUUUUUAAAUAAUAAUGAAAGUAUAACUUAUGACAUAUUUUUCGAGUCUAAAUAUAUUUUGAAGUAAAGAUGGAAGUAAUUUGGGUAAAUAAUGAAGCAUUCCAGCAUGUUUAUUUAGCAGAAUAUAUUUUUUAUGGAAACGUUUGGGAGGUGAGGUCCUCCCGUUGUAAGGGUGCUUUUCACUCGCAUUUUAUCGCUGUUUCACUACAAUAUUAGACCCUGGUAGCUAUUCCUUAGAUAAAUUAUAGUUUGAACGUUUAUCUCAUUGAUAUCGCUUAUAGGUGGUGAAACUGCAGAAUAUCCGUAACUAUUUUCGUAAAUGACAAAUACGUAUACUUCGAAAUGUUUAGUUGAUUCAAUCGGUUCAAUAAAAAUGCACACAAAUUAAUGUAAAAUUAGAUUUAUUUAGGACAUCGGUUUGGUGAGGGGUCGCUGUGACGCCUAUAGAAUAUUGUCAAUAAUAAAAAUCUUAAAAAAAAUGUGUUUCCAGUAUACACUUACACUAAUAAAAAUUGUUAAGAUAAUAA